AUGUCCCAAGGAAUUGUGGCACAAAGACGUAGUUGGGAUCCUGCAAGUGGUAGGUGUGGUAGAAGCCACCCCGAUAAGUGUCGUGAUGGCGAGACAUGUUGCUUAAACUAUUUUCAAGAGGGUCACUUCAUAAGAGAGUGCCCUAAGAAUAAGAAAGGUGGUGGAAAUCCAGACAAUAGAGCUCAAUCGUCAUCAUUUGCUUCACCAAAACGGGUUGCACCUAAAGGAGCCAAUUCUGGUACUGGCGGAGGGGCAAACCGUCUCAAUGCAAUCACUAGCAGUAAAAAACAAGAGAACUUUACAGAUGUUGUCACAGGUAUGAUCAAAUUCUUUAGUUUUGAUGUUUAUGCUUUGUUAGGUGCAGGAGCAAGUUAUCUUUAG